AAAGGAACUAGAGCAAUGAUUGUAAUGCGCAGGCGUGAGAAGUGUACUUCAAAAAUAACAGUACCAACGUCUUAUUGGAAAUCUAGUCGCGCUCGAGGGAAGACGACAAACAAUUCACACGGCAACCGCUGUGCGCCAGUGCGCUCACGGCCAGUCAGGCUUUCGUCUGUUGGUGGGAAGCACGGCCGUGUGGCGGCGCUCACAUCAGUGACCGCACGGCCGGCAGUUCAAGAUGGCAGGGAUUGUGUGUUGGCGGUGGUAACGAGUAUGGCAGAAAAUAACACGGGGAAAGGUGGUAUACGGACAACAUUGUCGUCUUCCAAGGGUCGUGGCAUCACUCCCUCAGCAAGAGGUCGUCAUCAACCACUAUCUCAACUGCAAACUGCCACAAAUAAUGCUACAACGAGUGACAAUAUUACAACACAUGAUACAAGAAACAAAACAAAACGAAAGGCACUUCGACGCAAUGAAAAUUUUGCAUGUGUGGAAACUGGUGCGCAGCAAACUUUAAGUGGCAUUGUUGACAGUGACGAUAUUAGUACAAGUGCACGGCCAGCAGCAGAGGGAAGCAGUCACAGUGACCACGAAGAAACCGUAGAUGCAGACCCCGAAACAGAGGAGCUCGCUAAGCUCCGAUGCCCGAGCGAAAGGACUGAGGUUAUUGCUGAGAGGGAAGCAAGACGAAGACAGAGAAGAUGUGCCGACUAUCCCGGAUUUGCCUUUGGUUCUUCAAUAUUUGGUUCCGAUACGAUUAUGAAAUUCAACAUCAUCCGAAACGAACUUCAAAAUAUUAAAAACUCUCAGCUUAAAAGGGCAGAGAGUGAAGUUGCUGCCCUGAACCGUCGCAUCCAACUCUUGGAAGAAGACCUGGAGAGGUCUGAGGAGAGGUUGGCCACUGCCACAGCAAAAUUAGCUGAGGCUUCACAAGCUGCUGAUGAAUCUGAGCGAGCUCGUAAGAUUCUUGAAUCCAAAGGCCUGGCAGAUGAAGAGCGUAUGGAUGCAUUGGAGAACCAGUUGAAAGAGGCCAGGUUCAUGGCUGAAGAGGCUGACAAAAAAUAUGAUGAGGUUGCACGUAAGUUAGCCAUGGUUGAAGCUGACUUGGAAAGAGCAGAGGAACGUGCAGAGAGUGGUGAAUCCAAGAUUGUGGAGCUUGAGGAGGAGCUUCGUGUUGUUGGCAACAACUUGAAGUCACUUGAAGUGUCUGAAGAAAAGGCCAACCUGCGUGAGGAAGAGUACAAGCAGCAGAUUAAGACCCUGACAACCAGGCUAAAGGAGGCUGAGGCUCGUGCUGAGUUUGCUGAAAGAUCAGUGCAAAAAUUGCAGAAGGAGGUUGACAGGCUUGAGGAUGACCUGGUUGCUGAGAAGGAGAAGAAUAAGCUACUGCAAGAAGAGAUGGAGGCGACCUUGCAUGACAUUCAGAACAUGUAACCUUCCCUGCCUUUGUGUGGCAUAGAUGAAGUGUGGUGUUGCGUGCUCAGAUACCCCAGAUGAGCUGGUCAUUGAGAAGGAGAAAUACAAGAUUAUUGGUGACGAUUUGGAUUCUGCCUUCGUAGAAUUGUAUGGCUACUAAAUAAUGUGCAACACCAACCAAUAUUAAUGAUUGAUGAACUUACAAUGUUAAGUGUCGGCAAUCAGCCGUGCCAUCACUACUGUACUGCUACUACAUAAUGGCCAACUGCAUCACACAAUGGCUGCCUGAAUGCUUUGUUAUUAAUGCUAUAAUCCCAAACCUAGCGCUUCUGAAAUAUUUGUGACUUGAAAGAUACAAAUUUUUUUAACAUUUCCUGUUCAUAGAAUAAGCUGGCACAUUUUUUAUUUUUAUUUAAUAAUCCUUUAUUUUUUUCAUUUUUUGUUUGAAACAUUAAAAAAGUGUUAUAUUGUAACAUAGUCUUUUUGUAGAUUGUAAAAUCAGUGCUUAGUUUAUUGUAUUAAUUAUUAGAGUAGUUAUUGCUUUUCUUCCUUGAAUAAUCCUCUUAACAGACAUGAAAUGUCCUGAAACGUGUGGGAGGGGGGGGUUGUAACUAAUCAUAUGUACAGGUCAUGAAGGGAAAAACUGUUUGAGACAUUAAUACGUAUUACUUCAAGGUAUGGACACAGUAUGGUUCCAGACUUACAUGCACCAGUCUGUGGUGUAUAAAACUUUCCCUGGUGACUUGUUCUGUCAUGGAUUUCCGAUCACAGAAACAAGAGUAAAUGGUGUCUAGUAUUACUGAUAUAAUUAUUAUUUUGUUGUUCUUCUACCACCAUUGUUGAAUGUAUGUAGUUUCUUCAGUCUCUCUAUAUUUCAUUUUAUUUUUACAAAGGACUUGUGCUUGUGCCAUUGUCCAUUUUGAAGUUAAUUUUUGGGUGCUUUGCGUUAUUUAAACGUAGAAUCAUAUUUCUAUUAAAACUGUAAGUAAAUAUGUCAGCUCCAUUCUUCAAAUGAAUUGUGGUGUGACUGGUCAUUUUUUCCAUAAUCCUUCAUGCUGUCUUACUUUUCAAUAAGAAUAGCAUCUUUCUCUCACAAGGCUUGUUUUGUUGUCCAUCUCUUUGCAGAUGAAUUGGUACACGAGAAGGAGAAGUACAAGUACAUUUGUGACGAUCUUGAUAUGACUUUCACCGAACUUAUUGGCAACUAAACGGCAACACCUGUCUGUUGAUCUUGUUCAGUUUAAUGCCUGGGUUCACAUAGCAAAUACCAUCUUCAUCUAAGGCAGUAAUGUACUUCAUCUUCUUCGCAGGUGCUAAUAUUGGUGGAAUUUAAUAUGGUGUUUAAAAAUUCACGUUCAUGUUUAUGUAAUAUUACUAUGUGGACCCAUCUUGUAGUUUGGUCAUCAAGAAUACAAGAACUGUAAAAAUUUAAAUAAAUUUAUUAUUUACUGUA